UGUCGGCAGGUGUUGUUGCAGUUUUCCCAAAAAAGAACAACAAUGGCCGAGAGAGAUCCGCGUUUUCUGUACUUAAUUUUUCGCCAUGAAAAUCACUAAAUAAUAGAGUGAAAUCUGUGUACACUAGCGAGUGCCCCGAUGUGUGUGUGUGUGUUUUUUGUUUGUUAUUGGAUUUGAUUGAACAAAACAAACUGCGACAGUCCAGUCAAGAGAGAGCGAGCGAGAGAGAGAGAGACGGGGGAGAGCAUCGUGUUUACGCUCAUUCGUUUUUAUUCAUUCCAUGAUCGCGGAUCUCGAAUCGUUCUCCGCUAGAAUUUAAUUAAACCUACAGCGUCGCGAAAAAUCAUUGUGGAAUAUAUUGUUUGUCCUCCAUUGUGUGCUGUUCGUCUUCUCCUCCUCCUCCUCCCCCUCCACAUCAUCCUCCCAUGGAAAUGUCAACACAAAUACACACGAAAUAGAGGCCAGGAAUGCGACAGAGAUUUGUUGACACUCCAGUGAGCAGAGUUCCAGCCAGAAUUGCUGCCUUCCAGAGUUUUCCGCCAGCCAGCAGCGCUUUUCCCGCCGAGCAGCUCCCUCUGAGCCAGUGAAACAUGGUCAAAUCCCUGGUGGCCAAGUUGUCCACAGCCUCCUCGAAUCUCUCGUUGGCCAGCACUUUUGGCGGCGGCAGCGGCGCGGCAGAGGAAACGAAUUACGCAAAACAUCGCAAUGAUCCGGGACGCUUUUUCGGCGAUGGCGUUCAGUUCAAGGCAAAGCUCAUCGGCAUUCUGGAGGUGGGCGAGGCUCGUGGCGAUCGGAUGUGCCAGGAGGCGCUGCAGGACCUCAAGAUGGCCAUCCGGGCGGCUGGCGAGCACAAGCAGCGGAUAACCAUCCAUGUGACCAUCGACGGGCUGCGCCUGAGGGACGAGAAGACGGGCGACUCGCUGUACCACCAUCCGGUGCACAAGAUCUCCUUCAUCGCCCAGGACAUGACGGAUUCGCGGGCCUUUGGCUAUAUCUUCGGAUCGCCGGACAGCGGCCAUCGAUUCUUCGGCAUCAAGACGGACAAGGCGGCCAGCCAGGUGGUGCUGGCCAUGCGCGAUCUCUUCCAGGUGGUCUUUGAGCUAAAGAAGAAGGAGAUCGAGAUGGCGCGCCAGCAGAUCCAGGGCAAGUCCCUGCACGACCACGCCAGCCAGCUGGCCUCCCUGUCGUCGCUGAAGUCCGCCGGUCUGGGUGGCCUGGGUGGUCUGGGUCACUCGGAUUUGGCCAGCGGUGGGCUCUCCUCCAGCCAUGCCCUCAGCCGAUUGGGUGUGAAUCUGGACGUGGCCAAAGCAUCGGGAUCGGCGGCCAAAGAGAUCUCACCCGAAUCCGUGGCCGAUCUGGUGGAUCUCGAGCAGGAGCUUACUUCUUUGCAGCGUGGAAUCAGUCAGAUGGAACGGAUAACGCCAAAUGAACCCACCACCUUGUCUUCCAGUGGUGGUGGUGUCGGCCAUCCCUCCUUGGCCAAAUCAGCAAGCGAGGAUGAUCCGUUUGGAGAUUCCUUCAUCUAUGUGCCCUCCUACAGCAUCCUGCCACCGCCGCCAGAUUCCGGACGCAACAGACACAAGCCGCCCAACAAAACACCAGAGGCGGUGGCCAGUUUGGAUGCUAUGCUCUCACCGCCACCUCCUGGUAGCUCUCAAUCUCCAGCGACAGCAGGAUUCCAAGCUGCCGACAACGACGAUGACAAUUGGCUACAGGAACUAGACCAACAGAACGAUGUCUUCGAUACAAGCAAAGUGGUGGGCAGCAGUGGAUUGGGAUCGGUUUUAACCAUGGCUCCGUUGGCCUCCAGCGAAUCCACCGCCACGCCCACACAACAACUAACGGAAGUCGCCGCAGGAUCAGCAGGACCUCUAGCUGAUUUGGAUAUCGGUUUGGGUUCGACAUCGGGAAAUGAAGAGCUGGCCUCGGCCAUCUUGUCUUUGGAUGCGUUCACGGAUCUGGAUCCGCUGGGCACUGGACGCACCAGGCCGUAUGUCGAUAAGAAAUACUUCUUCCAAGAGCUAAAAAAUCCGCCCAAGAAGCUGCUCAAGGAGCUCAGCUCCGGCAGCCAGGCGGGUCUCGGCCUGGGUCUCUCCCUGGGUCAGUCGGAUGGCCUCUUUGCGGAGGAAAGCACCACCAUCUCCACCACAACCACCACAGCUACUAACAUCACCGCAGAACCGCCGAACACGCUGACCUCGCUGGAGGAUCCUCAUCCGCCGGCGGAUCCUGUACUCCUGCCCCGGGACACUGAUCCCUUUUCGCCGACGCGCAAAAAGAGCGACCCGGAUCCCUUUCAAGAGGGCGAUCUCUUUGCCAAGCUGGAUGCCUUUGAGUUCGAGGCUCCGCCGGUGGUUGCAGCUCCCUCGGUGCCAGAACCCAAGGCGAAUGUAUUCAAUGGACCGCUGCAGGUGCAAUUGCCGCCGGAGGCGAAGGAGUUGCAGCUUCAGCAGCCGCCGCCGAGUACGGUGAGGAAUCGUCCGACGGCCUCCGCUUCCGCCCUGCCAAGUGGCGUUGGUGCCCUCGAUGUGAUCUCCAGCAUAAGCAACAAGAAGAUGCCCCAUCUCUUUGGCCAGGCCAGAUCGUUUGGAAAAUCCGGUUCGGAUAUCGGUUCGAGUGUCAAUAUGCGACGUUUGCAGGAGAGCGAUUCGCUGAGUGAAACGGAGGCUGCUCCCGAGCCGCCGCCACGUCCAGAUUCGAGUCCCUACUCCGAACCGCCGCCGCUGCCGCCGAAGAAGCAGUUCAGCGAUUUGGUCAUUCGACCUUCGGCGGGAAAUCCAACUCCACCGCCGACGGCUGGGAGAUACGAGUACUUGAACAGCAGUGUGACAGCGCGGAGAACUCUGUCAUCUGUGGAUGCACCACCCAUUCCAUUGCCAUCGCGUCGUGUGGGACGCUCGGAUGGUUGUUUCCCCGGACCAGGAAGACCCAGAAAACCGGGACACACCGAAGAUGACUACCUGGCGCCGCUGGGAGCUCCGCCGCCAUUGCUGCCGCCUCCCAGCCAGGGAUCUUCGGCUCGGGCGAGACCUCAGCGGCAGUCUUCGCUGGGCAGGCCGCAGGAUAUCUACGAGAACAAGGCGGAAAUUCUGCAGGCUCAAGCUCAAGCGCAGGCACAAUCCCAAUGCCAGGAGGUAACCUCCACCACUUUGGCUCCCGACAUCACGCUGACUCAACUGCUGACCCUGGGAAUGGAUGAUCUGGCCAUUAAACUAAACGUCCCAGCCAGCAAGCUGAGCACCAUGACGCUCGUCCAGUUGACCGCCUAUCUCUCCGAGUAUUUGUCCUCCAGCGAAAAGGGUCAGGAGAAGAGAUCUUCGCCAGCGAAUCAAGUUCCUGCCCCGCAAUCCACAGCGGCUGUGUUCAAGGUGAACUUCGAUCAGCAGACCUCCUUUGUGGCCAAGUUCGAUGAUACCUUCGGCGAGGAUGAACUGGGCUCCUCGGAUUCCACCUUUGUGGCCAAUUUCGCCAACUUCAAUGACGCACCCACUCCGUUGCCCGUGUCAGCGGUAUCGCCAGUGGUGGCCACCGUGCCAUCGGCGGAUCGGUAUGCUGUAUUUCGGGAGAUCAUCGAUCAGGAGCUGCAGCAGCAGCAGGAGACGGAUCUCAUGGGAGAUCUGACACCACCGCCAGUGGAUGAGACGCAGGCCAAGGAAAUAAUGGGCCUAGAGGGUCUGGAGCUGAACAGUGCCGGUGCUGAGCUACCGAUUGAUGCCUUGGAGGUGAAGGCAGCGCCCAAGAUUGACACCAAGAUCACCGAGGUGGUGGCCCAGGCCAAGGAUCGUUAUGCAGCCCUAAGAGACAUUAUCCUGGUGGAGAACCUAUUCGACAAACCGGCGACUGCAGCGGCCAUUCAACCGGAGAAGGAAAAGGAUCUACUGCAGGACUUUCCCGAGUUCAGCGAUGAGUUUAACGAAGAUCAUGACCUGCGUCAAAUAAUGGAUCAUCAGGAUGUGCCGACGCAUUCGCGUGAUCGCCAUGGUUUGGUCGACAGCCGGGGCUUCCCAACGGAGCCCUCAUCCUCCGCCUUGACGGUGGGCGACGAUGACGAGGACGAGGAGGAUGCAGAUGCGGGUGGCGAGAGCAGCCUGGAUAGCAACGAAAAGGAUGCGGAACCCGUCAGCGGGCAGGAUCAGUAUGAAAAGCUUUCCACCUCGACGCAGCAACUGGAUGCAGGUGCUCCGGUGAUGGAGGAUGUGCAGCAGCAGCAGCAGCAAUCUCUGCCGCCCAAGCAGGAUCAGAAAUUCCUAUCCGUACUCACUGCACCGGGAGGGGGAACCAAAGAUGAUAUCGAAAUCGAUGAGCUGAUGCAUCGGGCAAUUUCGAAUCUUUCCCUGGAUUCGAGGGAUCGCAUUUCACCGGCCACCUCCUCGGCAGCUCCAUCCAGAGGAGCUCCCGGCCUGCACACGCCCUCGCAGUUUAAUGAUGUCAGCACCUCGCCCAUUCCUCUCCAGAAACCAGUGAUGGUUGCAUCGCCAGUGCCCUCACAACUUUCAGCGGUCUCCCAACUCAUUGAUACGGCGACCAAGCAGAUGAUGGGCGGCGACAAGGAGCGCCAGGAGAAACCACCUUCCUGGGCCACCUUCGAUUCUCCGAAGGCCAAGGGCAAGGCCAGGCUGACGCUGCCGCCGCCACCGCCUCCUGCCUCGAACACCUCGCAGCCGGACACGGUGGAAUCGCCAUGCAGCUCGGAUCCCCGCGAUGACGGCUGGUCCAAGCAACAGCGUCGCUGGGCGAAGAAGGAACGCCAGCAGACCUCCUCGUCCUCCCGAGAUCUCAGUCCCUGGGAUGAUGAAACGCCCGAGUAUAUGAAGCGCCGGCAGUUGGCCGCCGCCCAAAUGGCUCAUCCUCACCAGCAGCCACAAAUGCCGCCACAGCAGCAGCAUACAGAUCGACAUGGCUACUAUAUGCGGCACGCCAGGAGGAUGAACUCCUGCGACGAGGAUUACGACUACGAUGCGGAGUUCAUGGCACGACGGGAUCAGCAGCAGCAGCAACAGCAGCAGCGGAAGUUCAAGCACGGUCUCUCCCGCAGUCGGGAUAAUUUUGAUCUAGAAUCCCCCAGCUGGUACCAUCAUCCAGCGCAUCACACCUGGUCGCCGCAGGAGAUCGAACAGGCGCGAGCUCGAUCCUUUGAGCGUGCCGCCUACGAGCGAUCGAGCUAUGGGCCACCACCGCCCAUCUACGACAAACGUGGCCAGCUGAGGAACAAAUAUCGCGGCGAUCACAGGGACAGGGAUCGCGAUCGCGACAGGGAGUACCGGGACUAUGGUCGUCCCAGCUACGAUUUCGACUAUGAAAAUGUCUACGAGGAGCGCGGAGGACGUUCGCCAAUGGCCUAUAAGCCGGGCAGGGGUGGCGGUGAUUACCUGUACGACAGGGAAAGGGAUAGAGAUCGCGAGCGUGAACGCAAAUCCUUCGACCGCGAGAGUCUCGAGUCCUAUGAGAGUGCCAACCGGCGACGGCGUAGCUUCGGCAGUGGAAACGAUGUCUAUGGCAGUUUGGACAGUCGCGAUGAUUAUCGUGGCGAGAGGGAGAGGGAUCGUGAACGGGAUCGCGAGCAGAUAAAGACCCGCUCACUGAGAAAACCCACGACCACGUCGGGCAAGCUGAGGAUCAGUGGCGACAUUGACUACGAGCAAGACUCGGAGCAGGACUUCCAGCAGCGAUCGGGUGUUCGGAGUCUGCAGCGUCCCAGUCAGCUGGGCGGAGAUGUGGUGCUGCCCUCCAAUGCGCCAGUGGGUCCGCAGCGAUUGCGCAAGAGCAGCGGCUCAAGUCCCUGGGACGGCGAAGAGCCCGCCCUGCCUGGCCAGAAAUCCUGGAAACGUCCAGCUAGUGCCGCUGAUACCGAAAGACGUCUGGCCGAGAGUCGCAGGGCCGCAGCCUUGGGUCAAACUCCUUCAGAUGGGGAAAAAGAACGAAGAUUCCGCAAGAAGACCCGCGCUCGCAGCACCAAAGAUCUAGCCACAGUGGGCGCUUCCAGCGCAGGCACAUCGGCACCAUCCCGAUCAGCCUAUGGGCGUGGCAUCCGGGAUAACUACGACUACAUGUGUCCAGGUCAGCGCAACAAUAACGACGACGACGACGAUGAUGAUGAUGAUGAGGACUAUGUGGACGAUGAACCGCCAACAGAUGAGGAUAAAUUCGAGAGAUUGAACCGCAGGCGACAUGAGAUGCACCAGCGGAUGUUGGAGUCCGAGCGUCGGCAUGUGGAACGCCAUCAGCCACCAUCGCUGGCCAAGCUUCCCGGCCAGAAUCGCACACGUGGCGUGGUGGUGAACAGUGAUUACGGGUUUGUGGACAGCUAUGAGCAAACUCCAACGCCCACGCCGCGUUCGAAUGCCAGCAGCACUGGACCCGGUGGCCUGAUGAUGAGUGGCGGCGAAUCCUCCGCCGGGGUGACCAGUUCCAAGUUCAAUUUCGACGAUGGUUUCGAGUCGGAUUUCAAUCAGAGCUCACCGCCGCCGGCGCCAGCAGGCACGGCCUCCAGUUGUAACUCAACUCCAGCUGGUCCAGUUUCAGCGAAUGCAAACAACGGUGGUGGCUCGAAGAGCCUUUUCCGCUUCUCCAACGAUUUCUCGGAUCGCGAGAAACGGGAGCAGUUCGAAAUGGAAACACCGCCGACCUCGACGCCACCAAUUACCCAGAAAUUGCGAUUCGAUGACAAUGUUAAGGUCUCCCAAUUCGAUGAUGCUGCCUUUGAGGAUGAUUUCGCCAAGGCAUCAUUUGAUUUCGAGAAGGAACAAGCGGUUCCUGGAACAGCUGGAGGAGCUGGAGGAUCGGGUGCCAUGAGCAGGAAGCAGAAUAUGCGAUCCAGCAAGCUGCAGCAGCGUCAGGAGCUAAUCAAGAAAUCAGAGUCUGUUAAUAUAUUUGCCAAAAAGCAGGAGGAUCCCUUCGAGGACGAUGAGUUCUUCAAAUCACCGGAUCAGGAUCAGGCGGCGGAUCAGCACAACGACGAGGCGGAGACGGGCAAAUUUCAGUGGAGCGAGGACGCGAACUUUGCCAAGUUCGAUGAAAACAUGUGAUUUGACCAACUCUUUGCCAAGGCAUCGGGGCAGCAGCGUCGGGAGCCGGACGUCGAUGGCCACAACUAUGCGGAGAUCGAUGUGGUCAACGACACGGACUUUUCAUUUCUGACCAAUCUCAAUCAUUACUACCAGCAGCAGCGAUUGCAGAGCCUGCGGCAGAGUCUGAACCGCCAUGUGUACUGCAAUCUGCCAGUCCAGCCGUCUCAGGAGCAAGUGAAUCCACAGCCCAUGACCAAAUCCAUCUCCACAUCAACAUCCACGAGUCCCUGGCACGAGCCAAAAGCCAAGA